AUGAGGACGACACCAUCUGAGAAUAGGGAAGAAUUCGCCGGUCUUCUCAACAAUAUUGACAAGACGAGCCAGGAUCCAAACAUCUCUGCAGAUGGCCCUGGAAACUCGAACCCCUACAGGCAGCGAUUCCUCUUCCUAAUUCCUAUACUGCUUCUAUCUCUUAUCACCAAUAUAAUCACCAUCUCCAUCAUCGCCGCAAACCCCGAACCCUAUAGAACUCAUUCAAAAUACGCCGACCUCCACCUCACUCACACAGAGCCCUACGUCCUCCUAACCGAUUACUCCUCCCCAAAUACCACCCUUGCGGAUACCCUAUGGCACUCCAUAAACAUCGACAGCGGCGUUGUUGCCCUCCCAGACUCCUUCGCUACAUCCCACAACCUCCGCACAGCGCAGCGCUUUCCCUGGGACACCAGCAAAGGAAUCUACAUCCUCCAUGGCUUCCACAAUCUGCACUGUCUUAAGAUCAUCUAUAUCAGCCUUUUCGAGUUUCGGGAAGGCCAGACACAGACGAGAACCUGGCACCAUAUCGCGCAUUGUCUUGAUGCGCUGAGGCGACAGAUUAUAUGUGAUGCGGAUGAUACACCUCGGGCUACGGAGAGAAGGGUCGAGGUUGUUAGUGGAGUUGGGCAGAAUCGGGUUUGUCGGAACUGGGGGGAGUUGGAAAAUUGGGCGAAAGCUCAUACGUCUUGUUAUAGACGGCCUGAGAAGCCGGAGGAUGAGACUGGGUUGAAAAGGUUUAUGCAUUGUCCAGAGGGGAGUGGCUACGUGGUUGAUGAGGGGUAUGUACCCGAGGAGGAGAUCUUGGUCGGGUUACCUGAAGAGUCGAUUGCGACAGGGCUGGCUGGGGAGGUAUAG